UCUGAAAACAAGAAUAUAAUGAUUUCGCGGAAGAAAUGAAAAGUGAAAACAUCAGCAUCCUGUGGAAACUGAAAUAUAAGCCUGAAGUCUAGUAAAAUCGAGAUGCUUUCCUGACACUUAUUUUACUACUCGGGUGAGAUAAUGAUGUACUUCAAUGGAGCAGAGUCAAGAGAGUCAUGAUUUUUCCCAGAACCCUGAAAAAUCAGACUUUCUUUUGCCAGAUUCUCAAGGAGACGAUGCAAAUUCUCUGGAAGGUUGGGAUUUAAUCAGUGGACUUCCAGCUUUGAGGUCAAAGUUCUUUUCAGCUAGAGAUACCGGAAGAGCAGGAAUGUCGAAUGAAAAUCCAGCAAAAGGUUUUGCUGGACUUUUUUCUGCCACUGAAAGUGAAGGACAUCAACCUUUGCACCUUGCCUCUGACACUGUCAGCAGUGACAAUGGCAGUUCCUCAAAGGACGAAAAUGACAGAAAUGUCACAGUGAUUGAAAGAGUUGCUGCCACCUCUAAUGACGAUGAAGAAGCUGACAGAGUUCCUGUGUCAACACCUGCUGAACACAUUGGAAGUCUGCAUCUUUCAGCAGAGCCUAUGCUGGUGCCAGAGACAAUGGACAGUUUUGAUGAAGUUGGCCCCUCUCCAGAUGCCUACGGUAGUGCUCCGCUCAUUAUUCCAGAUUCUCCAUCAAUGGAAGGAAAAGGUGAAAAUGAAGAUGAUGAGGAAGAAGAUAAUGUUGUGUCUUUCAAACCGACAGUCCCAACGUUAGAAGAUGAAUUCCUACCUGUCCGUCAUUCCUAUCAGCAAAGUCAAGCAAAAUCUGAAUCCCAGAGUUUUCAUUUGAGACUCACACCCUCACAGCCAGAUCAAGCUGCUAGUGUACGUGAAGACGAUUCUGCCUCACAAUUCUCACCGAGGAAAAAUGUGGCAGGAUUGGAGGGAACAGGGCCAAGCACAAGCAAAGAGACUUCCUCUGCCCUGCCUUCUUUUCAUUUGCAAAAGCCGUCUAUUCCAAUGGAAGAGGUUGAGACCAAUGAAGAUAGUGAGCGCAGCAUCAGCGUUUUCCAAAGGGUCAAGUCAGGUCUUUCCACCCCUCAGAAAAAGACACGGAUAUCAGAUGAUAGUGAAGACUUUCCAGCAGUGAGGAGCCCCAGAGGGCGAAUUCAUACCGCAGAGAAGCCACUGUUGCCUGAGGAAAGGGGGAGCACUCCUGGGAAGCGAGAAAAAUUGGCUCAUGGUAGUGGUGCAUCUAGCUCAUAUCGUUCUUCAAAAGUCAGUAAAUCUCUACUGUCUGAGAGUUUUAUGAAAAGUCCUUCGAAGUCCAAAACAGGCCAUGUAGAUGUCGGAGAGUCCAACAAUAAUCUGGGUGAGGCAGCACUGAUGGCAGGUUCAAGAAGUUCCAGUGCAUUGAGAAAGGACAUCUUGUCAUUUAAGCUGAAGGGAGACCAAAGUUCUCCUCACCGUUUUGACCAACCACUAGUCAUGGACUCAGAGCAGCCGGAAGUGAUAGUCUGUGAAGAAGACACAGAGCAAGGUUUUGACCUGGGAGAGCAAACUGUGUCUUACGAGUUUGACAAAAAGGAACCUGCACACCCAGCUAAGGGUGUGGAACCUGCGGAUCAAUUUACAGAGGAAUCUGAGAGGAUCAAUAUUGUCUGCAGCAGCAGUGAGGAUCCGAUAAAUCCAUCUCAGAAGCGAGCACCGGUGUCUAAAGUAAGAGGCUUAUCAUUGGAUGAGGAAGAGUCUUCAGCUGUGAAGAUCUUUGAACAAGAGACUUUGGUUGAUCCUGAGAGUAGACCAAUUUCACGGAAGGUUGGAGAAAAUAAGAAUAAAAAUAUUUCAGCUGUAUCAGAUGGACGAAGUAUUGAUGAAAAAGGGGACUCACAGGAUCAGAAAAGACUCCAUGGUGAGCCUUCUUCGGGUCACACUGAGGCUAGUACUGAGAAAUCGGCCGAAAAGACACCUUCAAAAUUGAUGUUGACAAGCAAAUCAAAUCUUGGUAGCCAAGGCCGCUCUCGAGAUGUUGAUCUAACUGAACAGACAGCAAAAAGGACACUUAGGAAUGAUGACUCUAUUCGGGAGCCAAGCUCAUCCCUGCAGAACCCGUCUGGGUCAAGGUCACGUCUACAUGAAGGAGCGGGUGGGGAUGAGCCUCGAUCUUCCCCUCCUGCUGCCGGACUCGCUGAGCCCAGUGUGUCCCGGAGCAAUAUAUUCAGUGAGAGCAACACAUUGAGGGAGUCUGCAUCAUUAGACCCGUACAUAUUUCGGGGCUCUCAAUCUCAGAAUUUUGGAGAUAUUUCUGCACUCCCCCUCUCUGACAGGCCACGGACUGGCCAGCCUGAAAAAAAGAAGUCGAUAAAGACAGUGCGGAAAGUGCUGAAGAAGAAAAUGCCUUCAAAAGAAGAGAUGGCCAAGUCUUCGUCAACAGAUGAAGGUACGGGCAAGGAGCAAAGACCCGCACGUCCUGUCACAAAAUCCAAGAAAACUGGAUCAUCUGUGCAAGAGGACGGACAGCCUGAUGAGCCAAGAAAGUCUGAAAAGACCCAGUUGACAACAGCUGAGGAUAAGAGACAGUUCAGCAAGCCUCAGACACCUCCACCAGUAAGGGCGUCGCCCUCUGCUCGCUCUGAUGUACACUUGUCAGAGACGCUGCAGCUGGACAGAAGUGACUCCCGUGACGGGGCGAGCGAGUCCGUCAAGGCCAGAAAGUCGGCUGUUGUUAGUUUUUCUGAUGAAAGGCCUGGAGAGGCUGCUCCGUUAGUUCGAGAUGCAUCGGACAACUCAGACUACGAAGUUGAGAGGACAGUGAAAAGGAGUGUUCUUAAGAUGGUGGUGACCGUCAUCGAGGAAACAAGAACAGAAAUCCUUAACUCCAAGAGAAAAGUUAUCAGGCACACAGAGAGCAGUAGGACAGUGUUUCACCAAGAGAUGGAACCAGUUGUGACAUCAGAGGAGGUCAAAGAGCACACCAUCUCUCCGGUCGUGUCACCAUCUCGGUCAGUGAGUACAGUAACCACUGGAGACUUGGCAGACAUCAGCUCCUCGUCAUUGUCCCGUACUUACAGCUCAGGCUCUAAAACCAGCAACCCAAGUCUUGAUAUGGUUCCCCUCAGUCAAGGUUUGCCUACCCCCGCUCAGAGAGAAAGGUCUGCCAGUGAGCAGCCAGAGGAGUCCGCUCCAAGAGAGAAAAAAAUGGAAAGUCCAGAACUGCCAGCAGCAGAAGAGGGUGGAGCUACUGUCAAAGACGGUGUGAAACGUUUGAGUUCUGGUUCAAACACUGGCCAGGAUUUGUUCAGCACCCCAAACCAAUCCAUCAUUGACCGGGCAGACAGCCAGCUUGGUAAGACAGUGUCCAGUUCUCACAGCACCCCUGGCUCGCACCCUCACUUCAGUCCAACAACACACCGGAUCAUAGAGGGUCUGCCUUCAGAGGUCAGCGAGGAGGUUAAUACCUCAGUGGCUGCGAAUGUUGUGGCCCAGUUUGUCCGUCAGCCAGAGAUGGUGGUCACCGCGUCCAGUCCAGCCGCUCCAAAGAUAGGAAAACCUGGCGAGACGCCUGGUCAAGGGUUUGGACCACGAGCCUCCAGCAGAGGUCUACUGCAGUCUGACUCGGAGGGAGAAGAGGAUGCUGGAAAGAAGACUCCGAGCAAGGCUGGGAGGAAGAGGAAACAAAAAGACACGGACACAGAAAGUGCUGCGAAGCGCAAGGGAGUAGGGAAGUCUGGGAUGUUGAAAAGAAAGGAGGACCCAGGAGAGUCAACAGAUAAUCAGAGCACGGGAUUCAGCGUCCACACCGUUCCCCCAUCAGUGGCCAGUGGUGAGUCCAGUCACACUUCAGGAUGUCCCCCAGCAAUUUCAUUAGCCAAACCAGGUGUAGGUGUCAGCUCUGUCACUCAGUCAGAAGCAAAACAGUUUGGAGAUGCAUCAAAACAUUUGGUCUUGACCAGCUAUAAAAGUAAAGUAGAACCAGGUGCUCAAAUAAUGGGCAAGUGGCAAGAUGGCUUCUACUACCCUGGUGUGCUAGCGAGACUGGAACCUUCUGGCAAAAAAUUCCUGGUCAAGUUUGAUGAUGGUUCUCAGAAGUCUGUGAAGCCUCAUGAGAUAAUCUUAGCCCAAGACCUGCCCGUGGGUCAGAGCGUGAUGGUUCUGCGCAGCGACGGCUUCUACGAGUGUGGCAUGAUCAUGCAGCAUAGCGAAGCAAGCGGGGUGGAGCAGGGAGUCUUGUACCACGUGGAGAGGGACGAUGGGGUCACCCAGAGGUGCAAGAGGUCAAGCCUUAUACUGACUGAGGACCAGGCGGCCAUUCUGCUAAGUGAUGAAGAACUCCGUGUCACUCCCGAUGCUGUCGCACACAACAUGGGCAAAGUUGGAGACAUUUCUCUCGAUAAUUUGGUAGAAGGAAAGAGGCAUCCCAGAGCAAAGAAAAGUAACACAGCCGUUGAAGCUCAGUCAUCAACAUCAGGAGUUCAAGCUGUACCAGCUACAUCUACGGCUCUCGCUCCUUCAGCUGCUGAACUUACACGCAGUGGUCGCAAACGCAAACUGGGCCCUGUGGCUACAAGUACCCCUACGCCGAAGCAAGCUGCUAAAGAAGGCAAAGAGAAAGGUACUCCAGUGAAACGGCCAAUACCUAGUCCGCUUGGAGGUGUCAUGGCAUCACCCUCAGACUCUCGGCGAUCACCAAGAAAGGCAAGGCUAGGUUUAUUUGAGUCUAGCCUACCACAGAAAUCUAAGCUGUUUGAGGGUAUGGUGUUUAUGCUGACUCACAUAGACAAGUCGGUGGAACAGAGAGCUCAGGAGAAAAGAUUGCUUCAAGACUCCUCACUUGACACCUCGGCAGAUGACAACACAGACACUGAACCAGACAUGCCUCCAUUUGUGAAAGAUCGUGUCAAGUCAGUCAUAGAAUUGGGCGGUGGCAUCGUGAUUAAAUCAUACGAUGAAAAAGUGUUACAGUCAGCUCGCAAAUCUUAUUUGGUUGCUGCAGAGCACCAGAGGACUAUCAAGUACCUGCAGGCUCUUGCCGCUGAGAUGACAGUAAUUUCUCAUCAGUGGGUCUUGGAAUCUGCAGCACAGAAUAGUCUUCAAGCUCUAACAGCUUACAUUUUGCCAGCUGGAAUAAGUGUGGAAAAGAAAAAAUUGAUAGAACGUUCGAAAGGAUGUAGUCAGCUGAUAGGACUUACACCUAUGGUUGUCUCUACCAACGAGGAGUUUGUGGAAGCUUGGACAUCUAUUCUCACCAUCGCUAGAUGCCACGUUGUCACUCGGUUUCCCGCCCGUGCUAACAGAAACGACCCAGGAGUAGAUGUGGUGGUGUCAGACGCUACUUGUCCAGCGAGUGUCGUGCGUCGAUGUCGGCAGCUGGAUGUUCCUCUUGUGUCUUCAGAAUGGGUGGCACAGUGUCUUAUCAACGGUAAUAUGGUUGACUUUGCCGGCCAUGAAAGAUACAAAUACGAUUUCAUCGAAUAAACAUUACAUAAAUGCAUGUGGUAUAGAUACUUACAUUUAGUUCAUACUAGAGCUGCGACAUAUGUCUGAAAAUGUUGAGUUGGUAGCAUGAAACUGCCAGCUGUUGUUAUUAUUGUUAUAGCCCUGUGAACUAAAGUGACUAUGGCAUUUGAUAAAAGGAGUAAAAGAUCCCUUUUAAUUCGUAAAAAUAUAUUCCAAUGCAUUUCUACGGUAUUGUUUAAUUUAUUUAGAAGUGAUCAGGAAAGUAUUUUAUAGAUUAUAUGAAAAGUAAUAGGAUUGUUUUCACUUUUUAAAAUGUGAAAUAAUACCUGUUUGUUUUGUUUAUUAUUUUUAGAGUGAGGAACAAUGAAAUUUCUUUCUAUGAUGUGUUCUAGAUGCAAUUGUCAUUUAUAAAUUUCUUAUAGCCCUCUAUGCAAUUCAUAUAAAAUUUUGAAUCUGCACUUCCCAUUUUCAUUGUAGACUCCAGCUUGUUUAUAACAUACAUAUUUUAAAAACUAUUUUUAUGUGUGAAGAUUUUUAUAACUUCUGCCUUAUUAUGUGGUUUUCUCUAUAAAGAAAUACCCUUGAUUUUGAACUUUAAGUUUUUUUUAUUGAUAAUUUUAGUUUGUUUUUGUGGUAUCAAUAUUGAAAUGCUCAAAGGAAUGUUUUUUCUCUGUACUUGAUUUAUUGAUCUAUGAGUUUUAACUGAUGUGCCUUUUUGGCAUAAUGAAAAUGAAUGCAUGCUUGAGGUAUAAAAUUUUGUAUGAUCAAUAAAAACUUUUUGAAAGUUUG